AUGUCAGUGAUGUCAGCGGGAUCUCCAGGCUACAGGAAGACGUCAGACUUCAAAAAGAACAUCAGGCUGGGCGGAGGAACGGCCGGUACAGGAGGGCGAGCGAGGCACAUCCGGCCGAUGUCAGAGCGGCCACACAGCAGUCACCCAGGCCAGCCAAUGGUCAGCGACGCAGCAGUCACGAAUGAGUCACAAAUAACGCUCAACAGUCAGUCAGACCACGAGACAGCCGACAAGACCACGCCAGACCACGAAAUAACUGUCAAGACCACGCCAGACCACGUGGCAGCCGGCAAAACCACGCCAGACGCACAAGCGGCAGAGCAACCGACCACGCGACAGGCCGGCACGCCAGACACGCAAGCCGACAAGACCACGCCAGUCCACGCGGCAGCCGACAAGACCGACCAGACCACGCGACAGCCGAAGACAGCCGCGACAGCCGGCAAAGACCACCCCAAGACCACAGUGACAGCCGGCAAGACCCAACGCCGGACCACGCCAGACCACGCGACAGCCGCAAGACCACGCCAGAACCACGCGACAGCCGACAAGACGCACCCAGACCAAGACAGCCCUGACAAGACCACGCCAGACCACGCGACAGCCGGCAAGACCACGCCAGACCACACAGCCGACCCGCGCCAAGAGCACGCGACAGCGCAAGAGACGACGCCAGACCACGGCGACCAGCCGGCAAGACCACGCAGACCACGCGACAGCCACGCCAAGACCACGCCAGACCACGCCACGACAGCCGCAAGACCAACGCCAGACCACGCGAACGCCGGCAAGACCACGCCAGAACCACGUGACAGCCAGACCAAGACCACGCCAGACCACGCGACAAGCCGGCAAGACCACACCAGACCACGCGCAGCCGCAAGACCACCAGACCACGGCAAGACCAGCCAGACCACGCGCAGCCGCCGGCAAGACCAACCAGAAGGGCAGCCGGCACGACGAACAGCCGGCAAGACCACACCACCACGCAAGUACCACGCCACGACACGCCGGCAAGACCACCCAGACACAGCGACAGCCGGGAAGACCACGCCAGACCACGCGACAGCCGGCAAGACCACACCAGACCACGCGAAAGCCGCAAGACCACGCCAGACCAGACCACGCGACAGCCGGCAAGAACCACGCGACAGCCGGCAAGACCACGCGACACGCGCAGCCGGCAGAACCACGAGGAAGCCAAGCCGCAAGACCACAGCAGACCACGCGACAGCCAGGCAAGACCCGCGAGCAGCCGGCAAGACGCACGCCAGGCCACGCGACAGCAAGACCAACGCCAGACCUAACGCGACAGCCGGCAAGACCACGCCAGACCCACGCGAAGACAGCGCGACAAGACCACGUAGCAGCACGACCACGCCAGACCACGCGAGACAUCCAGACCACGCCAGACCACGCGACACGCGACAGCCACGCCAGACCACGCGACAGCGACACCGCAGACCUACGCCCAGCACGAGCCACGCAGACACGCAGACACACAGCCGGCAAGACCACGCCAGACAUCGCGACACCGCAAGACCACCAGCCAGAGCCACGCGAAACAGCGCGCAAGACCACGCCAACCACGCGACGCCGGCAAAGACCACGCCAGACCAACCGACAGCCGGCAAGACCACGUUGACCACGCCGCGCAAGACCACGCGAACAGCCGAAGACCACGUCAGACCACGUGACAGCCGGCAAGACCGCACGCCCAGCGACACCGGCGACGCCAGCAGAGGACGCACAGCCAAGACCACGCCAGACCAGCGACAGCCGCAAGACCACGCCAGACCACGCGACACCGGCAAGACCACGCCAGAACCACGCGACAGCCAGGCACGGACCACGCCGACCAGCGGACAGCCGGCAAGACACCCACAGACCAGCGACAGCACACGACCCCACGCCAGACCACGCGACAGCCCAAGCCACGCCAGACCACGCCAGCCGCCGGCAAGACCACGCCAGACCAGCGACAGCCGGCAAGACACGCGCAGCCGGCAAAGACCACGCGACAAGCCGGGCAAGACCACGAUAAGACCACGUACAGCCAGCAAGACCACGCCAGACCACGUGACAGCCGGCAAGACCACGCCAGAACCACGCGCGCGGCAGAACGAGCCACGCCAGAUGCCAGCAAGCCGGCAAACCAACGCAGACCACGCGACAGCCGACAAGACCACGUCCAGAUACCACGCGACAGCCAGCAAGCCCACGUCAGACGACGUGACCGGCAAGACCACGCAACAGCGAACAGCCGGCACGCCAGACCACGCGACAGCCGGCAAGACCACGCCAGACCACGUGACAGCCGGCAAGACCACGCCAGACCACGCGACAGCCGGCAAGACCACUCCAGACCACCGCCAGAACGCCAACCACGCGACAGCCCAAGGCACCGACAGAUCAGCCGGCAAGACGACCACGCGACAGCCAGCAAGACCACGCGGACAGCCGGCAAAAGCCGCCAGACCACGCGAGAGCCGGCAAGACCACGCCAGACCACGUGACAGCCAGCAAGAAACAGCCAGACCAGCGGGCAGCCGGCAAGACCACGCCAGACCAUGCGACAGCCGGCAAGACCACCCCAGACCACGUGACAGCCGCAAAGACCACGCCAGACCACGCGACAGCCGGCAAGACCACGCCAGACCACGCGACAGCCAGCAAGACCACACGACAGCCGGCAAGACGGACGCCAGACCACGUGACAGCCGCAAGACCCCCCAGACCACGCGACAGCCGCAAGACCAACGCAGACGACGUGACAGCCGGCAAGACCACGCGACCCAGACCACGCCAGACCACGCGAACAGCGCAAGACCACGUGACAGCCAGCAAGACCCGCCAGACCACGCGACAGGCCGCACCACGCAAGACCACCCGGCAAGACUACACCAGACACGCGCGGCAGCCGGCAAGACCACGCCGGACCACGCGACAGCCGGCAAGACCACACCAGACCACGUGACAGCCGGCAAGACCACGCCAGACCACGCGACAGCCGGCAAGACCACGCGACAGCCGGGCAAGGACCACGCCAGACCACGUGAGCCGCGGCAAAGACCACCGCCAACCACGCGACAGCCGCAAGACCACGCGACAGCCGGCAAGACCACGCCAGACCACGCAGACCACGCGAUCGUCAGGGAGAAUGUGGUCACAGAAAACUUUUUUACGAGGACAGAAAUUAAAAAACUUCUCGAUUCUCCACAGCCUGACGGAAAUUUAGAACUGACAUUGCAUCUGACAAUCAAUGGAGUGCAUGCAUGGCCCUGUCAUGUUCCGCCGCUGCUCAGGGACGCCGCCCAGGGACGAGGCAGCGCGGGAGAGUACUUGAAACUGGGGUUACUGUCGCCGCAGAGUUUUUCUUACGACUCCUUGGAACGGAAUCUGGAAGCAUUCCAAUUGCUGUGUGGUGAUGCAGGAUGGUGGCGAACAGAGUGCGAGGAUUUUAUGGAAAAACCGAUCUUUCACAAUCGGGUUAAUGAAACAUUGGAUAUGGAAACACCAUCUUCACAAUCGGUUAUGAAAUUGGAUAUGGAAAACCAUCUUUCACAAUCGGGUUAA